CCAAGACACAUUCACAUAUAAACCACCAAGUUCUCCUUUCUGUUCAGUAUAUUCAUUUUCCUAUAGUUUCAGUUCACAGCAAGAUAGUUUCUGUAGCCAUUGGCUUCCUGUUACGUACACCAUGAGUUCUUCCAAGCAAAUGUCGCUGUUGUUGAUGACCAUUCUCUCUUCUUUUCUAUACUUGUCGGUCUCUUCCUUUGAAUACGAAAUUGGUGCUAACGAAGGUUGGGUUGUCCCUCCCGCCAAUGAUACCAGAAUCUACAAUGACUGGGCCUCAGAGAACCGAUUCCAAGUUGAUGAUACAAUUCGUUUCAAGUACAGGAAGGACUCCGUCAUGGAGGUCAGUGUAGAGGAUUACAAGAAGUGCAACUCCAGUCACCCCAACUUCUUCUCCAACACUGGCAACACUGUUUACCAUCUUAACCAUUCAGGGUAUUUCUACUUCAUGAGUGGGGUUUCUGGACACUGUGAGAGGGGACAGAGGAUGAUCAUCAAGGUUAUUUCAAGUGACCAAGAGACUAAUUCUGGUGGCGAAAAAUCUUCUGCUUCUCCUUCUGCACCAGUGUUAUCUUCCGGUGUCUUUAAAGCGCUGUUAUCUCAACUUGCAAUGUCCUACGUUGCUUCAUAUGUCUUCUACUAAUUCAAUAGUUAACUAGUAUUUACCAGUAAACAUGUUUGUUAUUUUGGUGGGUUUUAGGUUUCCUUCAGGUCUGUGGUCUGGUCAGAUUUCUCUGUCUGUUUGAAUGUGGGAUUUUUUUUUAAAUUAGUAUGAUUUUAUGUUGUUCAUUAAUUAA